CAGCCCCUAGGGGUGGGACUAGGGCAAGGGAGACAGACUUGGGCUGAAGUUGAGAAAGAACUUUCUAAUAGUGAUGUCUCAAGAUGUAGUGAGGAGGCCGGGAGCGACUCAUUGAGCGUGUUGCAUGGGCAGGGGGUAUUCUACAGAGAAUUGACACAUUAGAUGGGGUGGGGACAGGGGUUAACAAGAUGGCCUGAAGAGGACCCCACACCUGGUCAUACUCUUGCUGGCCAGCCUUCUAUUCUUGCCCCUUCUGGAAGGAUCUUCUUUGAGGUAAGGCUCCUGUGGGGAUCAAAGAAGAGGCAUCCCCGGGCCCAGACUAGGAAAAGAAGACAGAGAACAGAGUGACUGGGGGCCAACAUUUCUUUCGUGAUGGCCUCUCUCUGUCCCUUCCUGAGGCUUUCUCCUCUCCCUCUGCCAGGAGGCCACCACUUGUCAGCCCAUCAGCCAGUGAACAUGAUCAGAUGCCUCCUACGGGCAGAGCCAUGAGCCUGGCGUCAUCCUGUCUGAUCUGUCUACUCCAAGUGCCUGACUUGGGUGGGGUCCAUACCCUGCCAAGCAAAGGGAUGAAAAUAGAAGAAUCCUACCAACUCUCUGGGCAGUACAAAUGUCUACACAGUGGGCACCUCAUCUACCCUCCCGCUGUCUUGCUGUUUGGGUUUCUUUGGGAUACAGAUGAAGGGUCCCUAGAGUUACCGAGUCAAGGACAGGAGCUUCCCCAACACCUCAUCUUAAGCAGGAUACAUCCUGUGGUGUCAGAUCACUGGGUGGAACAUUGGGGGUGGAAAGUUGGGGAACAGGGUGGAGUUGUAUUGCCAGGGAGGCUGUUGGGCAAAGGUGCUGAGGCAGAAAUAGCUAGCCACCAGACCUUCCCCCCCCCCAGCAAUGAGUGUUUCUGGGCCUGCAAGCCCUUCUCUGCUGGUACCAACAGCAGCCCCCCCCCCCCGCACCCUAACACGCUCCUACCCCAGACUUCUGGCCCUCCCAGUGGCCUUCACAUACAGAACAGGUCUCCAUGCUCAGAAAGGCCUGCUUGCAAUUCCCAAACUCCCAGAGAGACAGGUCUAGAACAAAAGCACUCUCCACCAGCUUGAUCAUGCCCUUCUGUCAUGGUUUACCAGGGUCUGUUGUCACUACUGAACUUUGCUAGAAUAUGGCAAAGGCAGCCAUAGGCAGUAUAUAAAUGAGUGGAUGUGGCUGUGUUCCAAUAAAACUUUAUUUACAGAAGCAGUCUGGGGGCCAGAUUUGGCCCUUGGGUCAUAGUUUGCCAACUUCUGGUUUAAACCAAGAACGGAGCAGCCUCUUGUCAUUCAUAUCGGUGACUCCAACAUUCCUCUGGAUCCUGGAUGUUGCUGACCUCCAUCCCCACCCCUCUCUCAUCUGGGUUCUUCCUGCUAGCCUAAGUAAGGGCCUGGGUGUUCACUGUUUCUGGCUCACUUCUCCAGAGCAGGAAGAGGCAGCAGAAGAAGAGGCUGAAGGUGAGGCUGAGACUGAGGAGACCAAUGUAGAAGGAGAUGGACAAGAAGAGGAGGCUAAAGAAACUGAAGAUGGCCCAGUGGAGGAGUCCAAACCAAAGCCCAGGCCAUUCAUGCCCAACCUGGUGCCACCCAAGAUCCCCGAUGGGGAGAGAGUAGACUUUGACGAUAUCCACCGGAAGCGCAUGGAGAAGGAUCUGAAUGAGCUACAGACGCUGAUCGAGGCUCACUUUGAGAACAGGAAGAAAGAGGAAGAGGAGCUCAUUUCCCUCAAAGACAGGAUUGAGAAGCGACGGGCUGAGCGGGCCGAGCAGCAGCGCAUCCGGAAUGAGCGGGAGAAGGAACGUCAGACUCGCCUGGCAGAAGAGAGAGCCCGACGGGAGGAGGAGGAGAACAGGAGAAAGGCUGAGGACGAGGCCCGGAAGAAGAAGGCUUUGUCCAACAUGAUGCACUUUGGGGGUUACAUCCAGAAGACGGAGCGGAAAAGCGGGAAGAGGCAGACGGAGCGGGAAAAGAAGAAGAAGAUUCUGGCCGAGAGGAGGAAGGUGCUGGCCAUUGACCACCUGAAUGAAGAUCAGCUGAGGGAGAAGGCCAAGGAACUAUGGCAGAGCAUCUAUAACCUGGAGGCAGAGAAGUUCGACCUGCAGGAGAAGUUCAAGCAGCAGAAAUAUGAAAUCAAUGUUCUCCGAAACAGGAUCAACGAUAACCAGAAAGUCUCCAAGACCCGCGGGAAGGCCAAAGUGACCGGGCGCUGGAAGUAGGGGCAGCAGUGUCCUUCACCAGAGAUCCUCGCCGUGUCCCCGCCCUGCUUGCCCCCCAGCUUCUGGGCCCCCCCCCCCACCCCCCGGGCGCUGGAGGCCGAUUCAAGUCUGGAAACCAGGAGCUGGCCCGGCUGGAAGCUGCUGUUGGUGCCUGUACCCCCACAUGCCCACGCGUGCCAGUAAUAAAAGCCAACACACAU